AUGGACGACAAAUGCAAAAAGAGUUGGGAAGAUUUCGCCGUCAAGUUCGAGCCAAUCUUUCAAAAUCUUUGCGUCAUGAAAUACGAAAAUGAGAACACGAUGAAGAUAAAACCGAAUCUUGUUCGCGCCAUUGAGACACUUGAAGAGCUUCGAACUAGAUGUAAGAAUGGAGACCAUCAUCAUGAGAAUAUUGAGGAAUGCUUAAAAGCUCUUCACACGUUCAUCUCUGAUAACACAUUCUUUUUAGACAUGCAGAUCAAGAUUCUGGAUGACUGCUCCUCAUCAUGGGCCAAAUUCUCAAAAUACUAUAACCCAACAUUCAAGAAGCUAUUUGCAGCUUUAUCCAAUUUUCCUGGCGACUUUAAUGAGAAGAAGAAGAAAGAAAUGAUGAGCCGAGUCGAGAUAAUUUCUAAGCUACGAACAGACUGCAUGAAUGAUAGGCACCAACAUCUCGCACUAAUGGAAAUGGCCGCCGUUGACGUGAAUCAGGGAAUCACUGGUCACAAGACCGCUGUCAUCCGUAACUACACCACCAAGCCGAGACUUAUCUAUCAAACUGUCUCUGGUGUCAACGGACCAUUGGUUAUUCUCAACGAUGUGAAAUUCCCGCAAUUCUCGGAAAUUGUCAAAAUCACUCUUCCUGAUGGUACGAAACGCUCCGGACAGGUUCUUGAGAUCACUCGCAACAAGGCCGUCGUCCAAGUGUUCGAAGGAACCUCGGGAAUUGACGCGAAAAACACAGUGUGCGAGUUCACCGGAGAUAUUUUGCGAUCGCCAGUGUCGGAGGAUAUGCUUGGAAGAAUUUUCAACGGAUCUGGAAAACCAAUCGAUAAGGGACCACCAGUUCUCGCUGAGGACUUCUUGGAUAUCGACGGACAACCAAUCAACCCAUGGUCGCGUAUCUACCCAGAGGAAAUGAUUCAAACUGGAAUCUCCGCUAUUGAUGUGAUGAACUCUAUUGCUCGUGGACAGAAAAUCCCAAUUUUCUCCGCCGCCGGUUUGCCACACAACGAAAUCGCCGCCCAGAUUGUGCGUCAAGGUGGUCUUGUCCAGCUUCCGGACAAACCGCACGAGGCCACCAACUUCGCUAUCGUGUUCGCUGCUAUGGGAGUUAACAUGGAAACUGCUCGCUUCUUCAAGCAAGAUUUCGAGGAGAACGGAUCCAUGGAGAAUGUGUGCUUGUUCCUUAACUUGGCCAAUGAUCCAACCAUUGAACGUAUCAUUACCCCACGUAUUGCUCUGACCGCAGCCGAAUUCUUGGCCUACCAAUGCCAGAAGCACGUGUUGGUCGUCCUUACUGAUAUGUCCUCAUACGCUGAAGCUCUCCGUGAGGUAUCUGCUGCUCGUGAAGAAGUGCCCGGAAGACGUGGUUUCCCAGGUUACAUGUACACUGAUUUAGCCACCAUCUACGAGCGUGCCGGUCGUGUCGAAGGACGUGACGGAUCCAUCACCCAGAUUCCAAUUCUUACCAUGCCUAACGACGAUAUUACUCACCCAAUUCCUGAUCUUACUGGAUAUAUUACUGAGGGACAGAUCUACGUCGAUCGUCAGCUUCACAAUCGUCUCAUCUACCCACCAAUCAACGUGCUUCCAUCCCUCUCUCGUCUCAUGAAAUCUGCUAUUGGAGAGGGCAUGACCAGAGAAGAUCACUCCGAUGUUUCCAAUCAGCUCUACGCUUGCUACGCCAUCGGUAAAGACGUGCAGGCUAUGAAGGCCGUCGUCGGAGAGGAAGCUUUGUCGUCAGACGAUUUGCUCUACCUCGAAUUCUUGACCAAGUUCGAGAAGAACUUCAUCACCCAGGGACACUAUGAAAACAGAACCGUCUUCGAGUCGCUUGACAUCGGAUGGCAGCUUCUUCGCAUCUUCCCACGUGAAAUGCUUAAACGUAUUCCAAACUCGACCAUUGAGAAGUACUAUCCACGUGGAGGAGUCGCAAAAGAAUGA